AGUUCACCGUUACCACCUCAACGUACUCCACAGCAAAGUUAUCUUAUAAACCAGUGAUCAACAAUGAACACUCUCAAGAGACUUCUCCCAGCAGCUAUGCUCUCAUUGAUUGUACUGAACAUGUUUGGUAAUACACUAUCAGCUGCAGCAUACAGAGACUGCUGUCUCGCAUAUUCGAGGAAGAGACUGCCACAAAAAUUGAUCUCUGGUUAUGUGGAACAAAAAUCCAAUGAAAUAUGUGAGAUAGAUGCAAUUAUAUUCUACACCGUCAGAGGAAGAGCAGUGUGUGCAGAUCCUGAGCACCAUUGGGUGAAGAAAGCACUGAAUUUUUUGAGCAAAAAGCUGAGAAAAAUGUCACAAGAUUGAGCCACGUCUCGAGGAAAGAAGUUGGCUGCAUUUAGCUGGAUUUAUUUCAAGAAAUCAUCCUGCAUAGUAUCUAUGCCCAGACAAUGAAAGUUUAUUAAAACUUCCGUAAUUUG